UGCAGUCAUUCAACUCAGGAUCAGCAGUAAGAACCUAGAGGAGGACUCCUCACAGCUUUUAGCACCAAGAUGAACAAGUUGUGCAUUGUUGUCAUGCUGGUUCUCUGCUUCUUGCCACAGGUUUGGGCACAAAACUUUACAGCAUCCACAACUGUGAAUGACAMGGAGUUGAGUGCCACAUCCCCAAUUUCUGAAAAGGGCAGCGAGCUGGAUGCAGUUUCCAACUCCACCUCACCAGCUGUUGUUGGUGCAGCUUUGGGUGCCGGUUCCAACACCACCUUUCUAACACCUGGCAAUGACCUGAAACCGCAAGAAGUCUCCAACUCCACCUCACCAAAAACUGCCAGUGGCACACACUCUGUUUCCAACAUCACCUCCCCAACUGCUGGUAACAGCAUGGAGCAACAAGUUUCCAAUGCCACUUCACCAGCAGCUUUUAAUGGCACUGGGUUGAGCACCAUUUUCAACUCUACGUCACCUAAAUCUGUUAAUGGCACACAUUUGAGCACAGUUUCCACCAUCACCUCUCMAAGAGCUGUCAACCGCAUGCAGCGACAUUCAGUUUCCAAUAACACUGAGCCAUCCUCUGCCAACAGCACCGCCCCAUCAGUCAAUGGCACAGAGUUGGGUCCAGUUUCCAAUGCCACCCCUCCUUCAGCUGCCAGCAGCACCACCCCUCCUUCAGCUGCCAACAGCACCACCCCAUCAGCCAAUGGCACAGAGUUGGGUCCAGUUUCCAAUGCCACCUCUCCUUCAGCUGCCAACAGCACCACCCCAUCAGCCAAUGGCACAGAGUUGGGUCCAAUUUCCAAUGCCACCUUUCCUUCAGCUGCCAACAGCACCACCCCAUCAGCUGUGAAUGGCACCAACUUGAAUGCAGUUUCCAAUGCUACCUCAGCUGCCAAUAGUACGAAGCAACCUGUCGUCUUCAAUGCCACCUCCCCAACUGUCAAUGGCACAUUGGUUGCUCUUCCCAGUGUCAUGGCUCCUACCUCCAUCACCCCAACAACUGCCAGCACCCCUCUCUCCACCCCCUGUAUAACCUGUGGCAGCUGCACUGUAGGACUAAACACCUUAAUUCUGUUGCUCCCUGUGGCUUUAAUUUUUGUUUCCCUCCAUUGCUGAUCCACCCCCCCCCCCCCHCUUAUAAACCAGUCCAAGCUGUUGGCACUGGUAGUGUGGAGAAGUGAAGCUGGUCUUAAAAUGUUCUUUGUAAACAAGUUUAAUCUACCCCCUGCCCCUUACUGAUCCUGGAGGGGAACUGUGCCCACUAAAAUACACAAGUAGUGCUGUGCACCAAUGGGACACCAGGUUCUCAGUCUUUUGUCCUCUAGGCUUAUUUAUGGACUGUGGAAAUGCUGAAGGGGAUCAGGGGGGAGGGUUAUUGUGUCUUAAUGAGUUGAAAUUUUAAAGCUCUGUUUAUAACUAUGUAAAAUGAAUUUUAAAUUAAAGUUGUAACAUUUUUAACAGUU